AUGAUUAGCUAUGUACGUGCUCCUCGGAUCAUUUCACCAACAUUGAUUAUUCAUGGCACUGAAGAUGAAAUAAUCGAUCGAGUCCAUGCCCAGCAGUUGUACGAACGUAUUCCUCAUACUUUGGAACCACUGUUUAUUCGUGGAGCUGGUCAUAAUGAUUGUGAACUGUAUGAAGAAUAUCUUAUCCGCUUAGAAUACUUAGUGCAUGUUGAAGUGGAUGGCCCCGGUGUACUAAAUCUUUCCCAAGAAUCGAAUUCAACUAAUAGGAAUAUACGGUUCAGUAAUGGACUAUUAAAAUAUUUUUGCCGGAAUCGCAAAUCUUCUGAAAAUAAUUCGAAACAAAUCUCAUCAAUCCAAAUUUCAAGGAAAUCCAAAUCACCAAAAGACGAAUCACACAAACAGUCUGAUGUAUGUAUACCUGAUGCAUCUAAUCAUUGUCAUGAGAAAACACUGGCUUCAAUCACUCCUAUGUGGAUGCGAAAACGAGGACUUCAUGGUUCAUAUAGAUAUGUCAGCAACUCUAGAACUGAUAAGCGUAGAUGUAAACGAAUUCAUUCCUUAUCCGUUAACCCACUGAGUAAGCCAUCUGAUCAGUUUGAGGCUAGUGUAAUUCCAGAAAGAACUGAUAUCAAGCUGGAGUAUGUGGAUCAUGGUGGUUCACUCAACGAGUUGGAUAAUAAGACAUCGAAACUAAUAACGAAUAUAUAA